GAAUUGGCGGACGGAGCUUCCCUCGGGAGCGCAGCCCCGGGAGCCCGCCCUGCUCCCCUUCCCCGCCCUCCCUGCCGUUAGACAGCGCGCCCGCCACUCCGAGCGGGCUGGCCGAUGCAGCCGAGAGAGGAGUCUUAGGGAACAAGAAAAGCCUCUCGCAGUGGAUCAGCCGGCCAUCUGUCAGCGAGGCCUUCUCGCCGAUUGGCUGCUCCGGUGUUUCGCGGCGCUCCCGUGACCGCCGAGCGUCGUGCGUUCGCUCGCGGGGAACGGCAGCCCCGAAGCGAAGCCCCGGGGCUGGAACCCCCCGGGAAGCGUCUGGGGAUCCCCCAGGGCCCAGAAGCAGCAGGAAUUGGCUCGGCUCCGUGCCCUGUCGGGGUUUCGAGGGGUCUCUGCUGAGUUCGGGCGAUCUCCGGGGGUCUCUGGGCGGCUCCGGCCUCGGCCGUUGCCCAUCCCCACAAGGCCCAACAUGGCCCCCGCGUUGCCGUGGUAACGGUCACUUCCGGCGGCGGCGCCACCGCCUUUUCCGGUCACGUGCGCCAAAGAUGGCGGCGCCCGCGGCGGGGCCGGCGCCGGUGCUGCGGAUCGUGGCCGAGUGCGGGCGGAGCCGCGCCCGGGCCGGGGAGCUGCGGCUGCCGCACGGCACCGUGCCCUGCCCCGUGUUCAUGCCCGUGGGCACACGCGGCACCGCCAAGGGCCUGACGGCCGCGCAGCUCGCGGCGCUCGGCUGCCGCAUCUGCCUCGGCAACACCUUCCACCUGGGCACGCGGCCGGGCUCGGAGCUGGUCCGGCGUUCCGGGGGCCUCCACGGCUUCAUGGACUGGCCCCACAACCUGCUGACGGACAGCGGGGGGUUCCAGAUGGUUUCCCUGCUGGAGCUGUCGGAGGUGUCGGAGGAGGGGGUGCGCUUCCAGCCCCCCCACGGCGGGGAGCAGAUCCUGCUGAGCCCCGAGAAAUCCAUGGAGAUCCAGAACGCUCUGGGGGCCGAUAUCGUGAUGCAGCUGGACGAUGUCGUGAGCAGCACCACGACGGGGCCGCGCGUCGAGGAGGCCAUGCACAGGUCGGUGCGCUGGCUCGAUCGCUGCGUGGCCGCUCACGCCCGCCCGGAGCAGCAGCUGCUCUUCGCCAUCAUCCAGGGGGGGCUGGACCCCGAGCUGCGCCUGCGCUGCAUCCGAGCCAUGACCCAGCGGGACGUGCCUGGCUUCGCCAUCGGGGGCCUGAGCGGGGGCGAGGCCAAGGCGCGGUUCUGGCGCACGGUGAAGCUGAGCACCGAGCACCUGCCCCGGGACAAGCCCCGCUACCUGAUGGGCGUGGGCUACGCCACCGACCUGGUGGUCUGCGUCGCGCUGGGCUGCGACAUGUUCGACUGCGUGUUCCCCACCCGCACGGCGCGUUUCGGUUCCGCCCUGGUGCCCUGGGGGUCCCUGCAGCUGAAAAAUCAGCAAUUCGCCAAAGAUUUCCGGCCCAUCGACGCCGACUGCGGCUGCCCCACGUGCCAGAGGUAUUCCCGGGCGUACCUGCACGCGCUGCUGCGCUCCAACACGGCCGCGCUGCACCUGCUCACCCUGCACAACAUCGCCUACCAGAUGAAGCUGAUGGGCUCCAUCCGGGACAGCAUCCUGCGGCAGCGCUUCCCGGAGUUCGUGCGGGAGUUCAUGGACGCCAUGUACGGGGGGCGGGGGGGGCCCCCCUCCUGGGCUCGGGAGGCUCUGGAGUCGGUGGGAAUCACCCUGGGCUGAGGGGAGCCCCCCCGGAUCCCUGGGGAACCCCCCCGAUCUCUGGAGCCCCCCCGGAUCCCUGGGGAACCCCCCCAGAACCUCCCCCAUUUUCAGGGGAAAUCCCUCCCAGUUCCCAGGCCCUGCCCUUCCCCCGCCUCCCCCCCGUGUAUUUUUAUACUUUUUUUGUGGUUUUUUUUUUUUACUAUUUUGGGGUUUUUAAGGGGUGGGAAAUAAAAGAGUUUGGAA